AAGUUUUUUCAGAUAUUUUUACAUACAAAUAGGUUUAUUUCAUAUUGCCAGGCACGGAUCUCUCGUUUAACAAAGGGCACGAUGUAUUUUUCUGAUUUAGAUAGCGUACUAGGUGAUAUUUUUUCUUGUAGCACCUAUUUUGAAAGUAUUAAGUGGUCGCAUGUCAAAAGGGAUGGUAAUUUCGUUGCCCAUCACCUUGCGAAGCUUGUUCCUUUUGGUGUAGAACAAGUGUGGGAAAAUUAUUGUCCUUCGGAGAUUUCUCCGUAUGUUUUGACGGACACUUUGUCCCUUGAUUAAUGAACUAGCUUAUCUCUCCUCUCAAAAAAAAAAUUAGACAAAAUAAAUUUUUUAAUAUAAGAUAAGUUCAGAUAAUAUAAGUUCAGUUAAAAUAAGUCUAAUAAAACGGAGCAUAAAGGGUUUUUUUAGCACAAACUACUAAAAUACUUCAGCACAAAAGCAUAAAGGUGGCACUAGGCUAGGCCUUUUAACCACAAUCACAUAAGCUGAGGGUUAUACUCGGUUGUAUUAUAAUGUGGCUUGUGCGAAACUUGUAAGAUUUGGAUUUAGUUAUACCUUGUUCACGAUUCAUCGGUCUGUUGAGAUCAAUUGAAAAGAAUUGUGGCUCAUGCAUGCAUUAAUCCACUUACCACUUACCACUUACCACUUACUAUUGUAUUGUGCUUACAUGUCCAAACUCAAAAAGAUACAUUUACUGAUUUUGGUGUAUUUUGUCGUCCCGUGUCUUGUCAUGUUUUAUAUAAAAACAAUGUGGUCUAAGUCCGCACAUCUCGUAUAUCUCUUAUGGUGUGUCGUAGGUUGGCUCGACCUAGUAUUAUAUUUAGCAUAAGAUAGAUCCCAUACAUUUUAGUUAGUCGGUUUUUGCUCAUAGUGUCGUGUUUAGGCUAAAUUUUAAUAAAUUAAUUGUAAUUUGCUUUUCCAAAAUAAACGUGGCGUAUCUAGUAAGCACCCAAUGACGUGUGAUAUUGUAUCUGCUUCGUAUCCAGAUUGCGGUGUGCCUAAUGUGAGCCCUAUUAAUGUAGUUUUUAUAGAGGAAACUCUAAAGGCCUAGUUUUUGUUAAGUUCAAAUGUGCAAUUAUAUAUAUUUUCGUCUUUUUAUACAUGAAUAUUAGUCCAUGUUCAAUUUUGUCAAUCGAAUUCAGUUGCGUCAUGUUUUGUCCAGUAACAUCACGCACCCUGUGAAUAUAAAGAUACUAAGUGUGCUUAUAUUUUUGUUCUUGUAUUCUUUUUCAUAACAAUAUAGUGUGAUUAGAGUGACAACAUAAUGUUCAAAUCAAGUUAGGUCAAUUAAAGUCCCCUACCUUUAACCUGGGUACAAGUCGGGUCGGUUUAGUAGGAUUAAAGUUUAGUUUCGAUAAUAUGGAAAUCGACCCGUUCGAAACAAUAUAAUAUCGAGUUCAACUUUUUUUGAUUUUCAAGUUUGACCUCUAUUAAACGGCUCAUCGUCUUCAUUUAUAGUUUGUCUACCUACUUUUUACAAACCGCGACAGUCUGAGAUUGCUAGAACAUAAACUUCAUCUUAUUUUUCAAUUUUUCCCCCUCAAAAUCUAUAUAUUUCAUAUGAAAGAAUGACUUAUAUUGUCCACCUAAUUUUAUGGUAUAUGUACCACCGAUAGAACUACUUUUGUACUUCAUUUUCAACAAAGAAGUCAUCUUACAAUCCUUAAAAACCAUAACUCUCUAUCGCCUAAUCAUAGUCAAUCUAUAUAUUUUAUGAAAUUUUAGUGUGAGCACAUUAAUUAUUAAGCCAUGGAAGACUAAGUUUGAUAAAUUCCCACCAUGCUAAAUUCAAAACAUUUGACCAUUCAAUUUCUUAAAACACUCAUCCUUAGACCAAUAGGCAAUAGACCCUAACUCCUAAAGUUGCGUCUCUUAAUGGCUCGAGACGCAAUAGUAGCCCUACGAUCAUCUUGCUUUGACCCACUCUCCAUUUUUUAACCCCCCUUUUCUUCUAGCCGUUAGAAUUUUAGAACUUUUGAGUCUUCUUCCUCAAAAUGCCCUGCAUUUCAGUAAGUCCCCAAAUCACAAUUCUCUCUCCUAAUUCACCUCUUUCAAUUGAAAUGGGUACUUCAGUUGCAGAUUUACAACCCUGUCUUUCAGUUCCUUCGUCAGAAUCUUUAAACCCCAGUUUUGCUUGUUCUUUGAAGCGCAAAAGACCCCCGAAAAUUCAGAUCCCUAAGGUAUUACAGGAAAUUGCAGUUGAUACCCAGAUCAAAUUUGGGUGUUCUCCUGUUAAAAAUGACGGAAGUUGUUCUUUUGAGGAUUUGGGUGUUGGGGUUUGUUCGAUUAAGGGUAAGAAGAAGUUUAUGGAGGAUACCCACAAGAUUGUUUCUUGCAUUAAUGGGAAUACCAAGAAGGGGUUUUUUGGGGUUUAUGAUGGGCAUGGAGGAAGAAAAGCGGCAGAGUUUGUAGCAGAGAGUUUACACAAGAAUGUGAUUGAGAUGCUUGGUAAUUCUGUUGGAAAUAUGGCUAAGGAGGAAGCAGUAAAAGCUGCUUAUCUUAAAACAGAUAGAGAAUUCUUGAAUCAGGAAGUAGGCAGUGGUUCCUGUUGCGUGACUGUUCUGAUUGAAGGGACGGAAAUGGUUGUCUCGAAUUUGGGAGACUGCAGGGCUGUUCUAUGUAGAGGUGGGGUGGCUGAGGCUCUCACAAAGGACCAUAGAGCCGAGAUGGUGGAAGAACGAAAAAGAAUUGAGGAUAAGGGAGGAUAUGUAGAGUUCCACAAGGGAGCUUGGAGAGUUCACGGGAUAUUAUCGGUUUCGAGAAGUAUUGGAGAUGCUCAUCUCAAAAAUUGGGUGGUGUCACAGCCUGAUACAACAAUUUUGGAUCUGACUCCUGAUAUGGAUUUUCUUGUCUUAGCUUCUGAUGGACUGUGGGAAGAGGUUGGAAACCAAGAGGCCAUCGACAUUGUGCAGCAAUCCUGUGUAAUUGAGAAGAAACCUGAAGUUUCAUUGGAUGAUUUAGAUAAUAAAAACCAGAGAACUCUAAAGGAGAAUGAUGAUGAUGGAUAUGUCUUUGUCAGCACAAGCUCUUCUCCCAAAGUGAAACGAGUUUCCUUAAUCAAACAGAAAAAGAAGACAACUCUCUCUCUAUCUCCACGCUGCAGGAUUACAGAAAAUUCUAGCUCGAUACAGGAAAAUGAAAAUCAGAGUCCUCCUUCAAAAAAGUUAAGAAAAACAUCAAUUUUUUCGCAUGAAAACAUGAAAACUCUUUCUUCAUCUCCAAGUUACAGGAAUACAGAAAGAACUAUUACAGUAAAGGAAGGUCUUUCUGACUUCUGCAACGAAAAUGAGAGUCCUGCUUCAAAGUUAAGAAAAACAUCUGUUUUUUCGCAUGAAAACAUGAAAAUUCUCUCCCCUUCUCCAAGUUACAGGAAAACAGAAAGUACUAGUACAGUUAAAAAUGGUUUUUCUGACUUCUGCAACGAAAAUGAGAGUCCUCCUUCAAAGAUGAGAAGAACUUCAGUGUUUUCGCACAAGAGCAUGAACACUCAAUCUCCGAGUAGGGAGAAUAAGAGACCUGUUUCUGAUGGACUUGUAGCUGCUUGUAAAAAGCUUGUGAAUCUGGCUGUAAGUAGGGGUAGUAUGGAUGAUAUUACUGUAAUGGUAGUUGAUCUGAAGCAUUUCAGAUUAGGAAAACCUUAAAAAUGCUCUGUUUUUCACAUUGUAAUAUUUGAUCAAGUUAGUUAAUAAUAGAUAUAGUAAAUCUGAUUUCUGAACAUAA